AGUUGGACACCGCCAUGACAUGCCUCGUGCAGCGUGAGAAAAGUGCACGAGAUAAGUUGGUGCAAAACCCCAACGGGUUCUACACACUCUCUCCUUCUCGUCGUCAACGUUUAUUAACGGUUUCCUCUAUUGAAAGAUGGCCAACAAAGAUUACUACGGCGGCGGUCAGCAACAACAAUACUACCCACCCCAAGGUCCACCGCCAGGACAGGGGGGUUACUAUCCUCAACAACCCCAACAAUCGUACGGAGGCCAGCCUUAUGGUCAACCUUACGGCGGACCUGGGUACCAACCUCAACCGCCACCACAGACAGUUUAUGUACAACAACCCGCUCAGUCCAGUGGUGCUGGUGGAGGUACUGGCUGCUUGGCUUGUCUUGCUGGUGCAUGUCUUUGCUGCUGUGCUGAGGAGGCACUUUGUGACUGUCUAUUGUAAGAUUUGGGAAUUGCAUCGGAGGCUACUGUCCGCUGGCACGUGCAAUAUUGCCUAGUUGAUGAGGAACUGCUCACGAUCACGUCGUAUAUGCUGGUUGGAUGUCUUUAUGCUACGAUGGACACCGUGACGAACCUUUACUUUCUCUCUUUUACGAUUUGGUCACCAGGCAUCCUGAUUUCUAUUCGUUGGACUACGAUACCGUACUUCGUAAUAGUAUCAUGUUUGAAUGACCGUGCCUGCUUUUUUUGUAAAAUUAUUCGUCAAAGAUAUAUAUUACACCUUUUCCAAUUUU